AUGGGCUUAGCCGUGCUGCUGUUCACGGCCUUUGUCGGCCUGGCCAAAGGGCUGGCGUCGACGGAUACCAUAACCUGGGGCGGUGACAACUCUAGGACUGGGUACCAAACGAACCAUAAUAUGGACCCCUCUGUCGUGGGGAGCUCUUCAUUUGGCCAACUGUUCCAGACUCUCCUUCCUGGCACCUACGGUGGUUCAGCCGAGCAAAUCUUCUCUCAGCCUCUCGUUUACACUCCCAGUGGUGGAACUAAGCAGUACGUGUAUGUGGCUACAACGCAAAACAAUGUCUACAAGCUCGAUGCAAAGACUGGCGCGAUUGUGGCUUCGAGAAACCUACACAUUCCAUUCUUGGCUGCCGAUCUCGAUGGAUGCGUCGAUAUCAACCCCAAUAUUGGUGUUACUGCUACUGGUGUCAUUGAUCCUGACACUGAUACCAUCUACUACACCUCAAAGACAUAUGCCAAUCAAGCUGCGAUAAACACACCGCAGGGCCUGGCUGCUGGCCGAUACUUUAUUCACGCACUAAAUGCCAAUGACCUCACUGAGAGGCCCAACUUCCCAGUUCCCCUGGAAGGAGUCAUUGCUCGCAACAGUGACGUGCGAAUGUUCAAUGGAGGCAUUCACCAUCAGCGCACUGCAUUGCUGCACACCGGCCAGUUCAUCUACGCUGGAUUUGCAUCGCACUGUGUUCAGUAUAACUUUACUGGCUGGAUCAUCGGCUGGGACAAGACCAGUGGAAAGCUGGUUGAAUACUAUGCCAUGGAAGGCAAAGGCGUGCCCAAUGAUAUUCGAGGCGCAGGAGUGUGGAUGUCUGGUGGAGGUAUUGCAUCUGAUGACGCCGGCUCUAUUUGGUAUGCCACCGGCAAUGGCUACGCGUCACAGUUGUCCAAUGUCCCUGUCAAGGGAUUCAACCCCCCUACUUCCUUGGAGGAAGCCGCUGUGCACAUGACAAUCAACACCGACGGCAGCUUAAAUCUGAUUGAUUUCUUUAUGCCAUGGGAGAAGCAAGCUUUAGACGGUGCUGAUAGAGAUCUGGGUACGAGUCCUCUUGAGAUUCUCCCGAGUCAAUUUGCCUGUGGCGACAUAACGCGCAUCGGUGUUGUCACUGGCAAGAGUGGCAAGACGUAUUGGCUCAACAUGGACAAUCUCGGAGGCUACAGAAACGGCCCCAACAACUUGGACGCCGCUAUUCAAGUCUAUCAGAACGACAACUCCGUCUACGCCGGUGCUGGUGUCUAUCCUCUGGAAGGUGGCUACAUUUACAUCAACGUUAUUCAGCAUCCAUCCAACGUCUUCAAAUUCUCCUGCAAUGCUGGCGUCCCUUCAUUUACCAAGGUCGCCGAGAGCCCUGAGACCAACGCAUACGUUCUCGGUGUUAGUCACGGAACAACAACUUCUCUCAACGGCCAGCCAGGUACAGGCCUCUUUUGGGUGACUGAUGUACAGGGCCUGAAUCUCCGCAUUUAUAAUGCUAUUCCCACAAAUGGCAAGCUUACCAUGAUCAACUCGUUCAACAUCCCCGGUGUCAUGAAGUUCACCCGACCUGUGUUUGGCGAUGGUAUUGUAUACGUCGGCACCAAUCAAGGCCUGUUCUAUGGCUUUGGAUCGCCCGUUAACGCGCCUCUCAACUGCACCUCGCCUGUUGCCUUUGGCAAUGUCAAUCUUAAAGCAACCAGCAGCCCGCAGUCGGUUAAGUGCACAGCCUUGAUCGGCCUCACCGUUACUGGCGUUGCGCUUGAUUCCAAGAAAGACUACAGCAUCUCAAGCCUUCCUACCACGCCGCUUCAGUUGAAUGCUGGUGAUUCUUUUACCAUCAAUGCCACGUUCAGCCCUACCACCGUUGGCCUCAUCUCAAAUGACGUUGUCGUCAAUACCACAAACAGCGUCGCUGGCUACAGUCCCAAUACUCACGCUCGAUUAACCGGCACUGGACAGAGCGCUGGACCACUGCUAUCAGUUGCGCCAACUACACUUACCUUCCAAGGUGUUGUUACAGGACAGAACCCAGAUGGCGUCACAGAGACCAUGAUCCUCACCAAUCUAGGCAAUGGGCCCCUUACUUUCCAAAGUAUCCUGUAUUCCAAUGUUAGCUCUACUGGCCCGUGGCAAACAUGGAAUGGCUCGGGUAACCUGAUAGUCGGUGAAUUUGUUGUGCAGAGUAUCCCGUCUUCCCUUGCAGCGGCAGCAAGCGCUACUAUAACAAUUACGUUCAGUGGCUCUAAAAGCGGCACCUUUUCCGGCUUUGUAAUGUUUGCGUCUAAUGGUGGCAACCAGACGAUCUCUAUUGCCGGCUCUUCUGGACCUGCUGCAGUCGCGCUGCUAGAGUUUCAGACCCCCGAUGCCUCGGGCUGGGUGCCAUAUGUUAAUGGCACCCCCUUUACGUUUGGAAACGUUACUGAGAACAACGAUCGCUCACUCAAAUUCCGCGUUACUAACAAGGCACCGCCAGGCGGCGUCAGCCUUUCCCUUACCGUCUCCAAGCCUCCUUUUGGCCUCACCGGUCUCAUUCGAGCUGUCAACCAAGUAGAUCUUGCAGAAGGAACCAAUCUGGCUCCGGGUGAGAGCGCAAAUGCUACGCUUACAUGCACUGUCCCCAAAUCCCAAUGGAACGUCGAUCCUUACAACGGCACUGCACCUUGGACAAUGAACACCAACGACCCAACGUUCGGAAAGCAGUUUAUACAGUUCUUUUGCAAAGCUGUCUCAGAGCAAGCUCCCCCUCUGUUGCCUAAUAGUGAUCAGGGCCGAUACCGCUAUGUCGGAUGUUACAAAGAGAAUAACCCAGGCCGUCAACUGUCCACUCAGCUUUAUGGAGACGACAAUAACACCAAUCCCAUGUGCAUUUCAGCAUGUGCCCAGCAGAACUUCAAAUACUGCGGGACACAGUAUCAUACGGAGUGCUGGGCAGGAAACACGAUACCUAGUCUCAAGGUUGAUGACUCUAAUUGCAACUACUACUGCAACGGAGAUAUCAACCAGGUCUGUGGUGGAAACGGUGACGGUACUGAGGCCUUUAUCUCUCUGUUCGCCGACUCUCUGGCUACUAAUUCAACGGAUCCUCCUCCUCCUCCAAGUGGCGGCCCGGUGGUAAAUCCCGGUGUCGACGGCUACAUCAGCAUUGGAUGUUAUACCGAAGCUACUAACACACGCGCUCUGCCCUAUGAAUUUGAUACGGAUAAACGAACUGUGAAACAAUGUGUAGAUGCUUGCAAGACUGGCUCCUACACCUAUGCUGGUGUCGAAUACGGCGGAGAGUGCUGGUGCGGUAAUUCAUUUGGCGACGGUGCAGUUUCUGCCCCCAUUGCAGAUUGCGGAAUGACUUGCAAUGAUAACUCCACUGAGUAUUGCGGUGGCCCUAAUCGUCUCAAUGUCUACAAACUCGGCACCAGUGCCAUUUCCACAUCAACUGCAGCCGCUUCUAGCAUAGCUACCACUGUUCCUCCUACCGAUGGAAGCACGACUGUGGUCGCUACUAGCACUAGCUCGAGCAUCUCGUCAAGUAGCCCAACUCCUACCGGACCAUCAGUCAACCCUGGCUUUGAUGGCUAUUCCAGUAUUGGCUGCUAUACCGAAGCUACAGAUGCGCGGGCUCUGGCCAACUUCAUGGACACUACCAACCAGACUGUUGCAAAUUGCAUUGAGGCAUGCAAGUCAAAUAGCUACAUCUACGCGGGUCUUGAGUACGGCGGAGAAUGCUGGUGUGACAAUUCGUUCGCAAAGGGAUCUAUUCCAGCUCCGAUUGGGGAUUGCAGCAUGACUUGUAAUGGCAACUCGACUGAGUUCUGCGGCGGUCCGAAUCGACUCAACGUUUAUCAGCUUAAGAAAACAUCAGUUACAAGCUCUACUCCCGCGACUACUGGCUCUUCAAGUACUGGCUCCUCAGCCACUGUCCCUUCAACCACUGUCCCUCCGACUACAGUCCCUUCGACCACAAGCUCGGUGACAACUACUUCUAUUGCCACUCCCACAGGACCUGCAAUCAAAAAAGUAGUAAAUAACUACAAGUUCCAAGGCUGCUGGGCUGAGCCGCCUAAUGAUCGUGCUAUCAUUGACCAGAUGUAUGCAAACGACACAAUGACGCUCGAAUCCUGCGCUACUUUCUGCAAAGGCUUUACAUAUUUUGGAACCGAAUAUGGACGAGAGUGCUACUGUGGCAAUGUUUUGAAGCAAGGCGCUGUCAAAGCUACCAAUCAAGAUGAUUGCUCGUUCCCUUGCGCUGGAGACGGCACAGAAUACUGCGGCGCGGGAUCUAGACUGGAGCUAGCCUUCGGCGGGUAA